UGUCCUGGAAGAUCACCUACCUGUCUGAUAGCUUGGAAUAUGAGGAGGGUGGGCAGGAGCAGAGCUUGCCUGAACAUGGUGUGUGUGUGGGGGUGGUCGGUAUUGGGCCAUGCCCCAGGACUUGAGCCAUCACUGGCACAAAAGGAGUUAAUGCCAGGGACCGCGCCCCCCCGUGUCCGGGCACGCGCAGCGCGCCCCCUUGGUGCGCGGGCACAGCAGCCAGGCUGCCGGAGAGCUGAUCUCGGGAUUCGGGUGCGGAGCCCUUGGCCUGGAGGCGAUAUGGGUGGUCCGUGGCCCGGUUCAGUCGUUUGCAGCCGCCUAGGGAACAGGCCUGUCUGGCCCUAAGGGAGCCCUCUUUCGAAGUGGUGGUGCUCGGACGACCUGCUCUCUGCGUGGCUGGGCACCUGUAGGUGUCCCUCGAGAGCUCAGUUUUGAGGUUCAAGCCAGUGUGGCCAUGAAGUGGCUGCCUAUUGGGCUGAUGCUGUGACCCCGGAGUCUUCCUCUCCUGCCAGUCCCCCUGCCCGGAACAUGUGGCUGCAGCUCGGCCUGCCCUCGUUGUCCCUGAGCCCCACGCCCACAGUUGGCCGGAGCCUGUGCCUCAUCCUGUGGUUCCUCAGUUUGGUGCUGAGGGCCAGUACCCAGGCCCCGGCACCCACAGUCAAUACUCACUUUGGGAAACUAAGGGGUGCCAGAGUACCAUUGCCCAGUGAAAUCCUGGGUCCUGUGGACCAAUACCUGGGGGUACCCUACGCAGCUCCCCCGAUCGGCGAGAAACGUUUCCUGCCCCCUGAACCACCCCCAUCCUGGUCGGGCAUCCGGAACGCCACACACUUUCCCCCAGUGUGCCCCCAGAACAUCCACACAGCUGUGCCCGAAGUCAUGCUGCCAGUCUGGUUCACUGCCAACUUGGAUAUCGUCGCCACUUAUAUCCAGGAGCCCAACGAAGAUUGCCUCUAUCUGAAUGUGUAUGUGCCCACGGAAGAUGGAUCCGGCGCUAAGAAACAGGGCGAGGACUUAGCGGAUAAUGACGGGGAUGAAGAUGAAGACAUCCGAGACAGUGGUGCUAAACCUGUCAUGGUCUACAUCCACGGAGGCUCUUACAUGGAAGGAACAGGCAACAUGAUUGACGGCAGCGUUCUUGCAAGUUAUGGCAACGUCAUCGUCAUCACACUCAACUACCGGGUCGGGGUGCUAGGUUUCCUGAGCACUGGGGAUCAGGCUGCCAAGGGCAACUAUGGGCUCCUUGAUCAAAUCCAGGCCCUUCGCUGGGUGAGUGAGAACAUUGCCUUCUUUGGAGGAGAUCCCCGUAGAAUUACUGUCUUUGGCUCUGGCAUUGGUGCAUCCUGUGUCAGUCUUCUCACACUGUCUCAUCACUCUGAGGGGCUUUUCCAGAGGGCCAUCAUCCAAAGUGGCUCAGCGCUAUCUAGCUGGGCUGUGAACUACCAACCAGUGAAGUACACCAGCUUGCUCGCAGACAAAGUGGGCUGUAACGUCCUGGACACUGUGGAUAUGGUGGAUUGUCUUCGACAAAAGAGUGCCAAGGAGCUGGUAGAACAGGACAUUCAGCCAGCCCGCUACCAUGUGGCUUUUGGCCCUGUGAUUGAUGGUGAUGUCAUUCCUGAUGACCCUGAGAUCCUUAUGGAACAGGGAGAGUUCCUCAACUAUGAUAUCAUGCUAGGCGUCAACCAGGGUGAGGGUCUCAAGUUUGUGGAAGGGGUGGUGGACCCCGAGGAUGGUGUCUCUGGCACUGACUUUGACUACUCUGUCUCCAAUUUUGUGGACAAUCUAUAUGGCUAUCCCGAGGGUAAGGACACCCUGCGGGAGACUAUCAAGUUCAUGUAUACAGACUGGGCAGACCGAGACAACCCUGAGACCCGCCGUAAAACACUGGUGGCACUCUUCACUGACCACCAGUGGGUGGAGCCUUCGGUGGUGACAGCUGAUCUGCAUGCCCGCUAUGGCUCACCCACUUACUUCUACGCCUUCUACCAUCACUGCCAGAGCCUCAUGAAGCCUGCAUGGUCAGAUGCAGCACACGGGGAUGAAGUACCCUAUGUUUUUGGUGUCCCUAUGGUAGGUCCCACUGACCUUUUCCCCUGCAACUUCUCCAAGAAUGAUGUUAUGCUCAGUGCUGUUGUUAUGACCUAUUGGACCAACUUUGCCAAGACCGGGGAUCCCAACAAGCCGGUACCCCAGGAUACCAAGUUCAUUCACACCAAGGCCAACCGCUUUGAGGAAGUAGCCUGGUCCAAAUACAAUCCCCGGGACCAGCUCUACCUUCACAUCGGGCUGAAACCAAGGGUUCGUGAUCAUUACCGAGCCACAAAGGUAGCCUUUUGGAAGCACCUGGUACCCCAUCUGUACAACCUGCAUGACAUGUUCCACUAUACAUCCACGACCACGAAAGUGCCGCCGCCGGACACCACCCAUAGCUCCCACAUCACCCGUAGGCCCAACGGCAAGACCUGGAGCACCAAGAGGCCAGCCAUCUCACCUGCCUACAGCAAUGAGAAUGCUCCUGGGUCCUGGAAUGGGGACCAGGAUGCAGGGCCACUCCUGGUCGAGAACCCUCGAGACUACUCCACUGAAUUAAGUGUCACCAUCGCUGUUGGGGCCUCUCUCCUGUUUCUCAAUGUGUUGGCCUUUGCUGCUCUCUAUUACCGUAAGGACAAACGGCGCCAGGAGCCCCUGAGGCAGCCUAGCCCCCAAAGGGGAACUGGUGCCCCAGAAUUGGGAACUGCUCCAGAGGAGGAGCUGGCAGCAUUACAGUUGGGUCCCACUCACCAUGAGUGUGAGGCCGGCCCCCCACACGACACACUGCGCCUCACAGCAUUGCCCGACUACACCCUGACCCUGCGGCGCUCCCCCGAUGACAUCCCACUCAUGACUCCCAACACCAUCACUAUGAUUCCCAAUUCCCUGGUUGGGUUGCAGACCUUGCACCCCUAUAACACCUUUGCCGCCGGAUUCAACAGCACCGGGCUGCCCCACUCACACUCCACUACCCGUGUAUAGCUCUAUCCCAGAGCACAACCCAUCUCCCAGAUCCCUCCCUCCCAGAUCCACAAACACACAUGCACACACAUACACAUAUAUGUACACGCACGCACCCACACCCUACAGCAGACCCAUCUGCACAAACACAGACAGAUGUGGACAUGCACCCGCAUGUACAAAAAAACACAAAUCCAGAAGAGAACCUGAAUAGGCCCUUCAAAUGGGGACACAUAUGAGUCCUUGGAACCAAGGGCCCAUGAAAUAGCAGCUGGAGCCAGCUCCUUGAGCCCGACCACAGACACUCCUGGGGCCCUGGAAGCCACAGCCGGACACCCCCUUGGUGCUUGCCUUCUCGGAACUGCACCGUCUACCAACUGCAGACUCGGGAGCUUUAAAGAGCAGGAUAGCUCUUCCUCCCCCAGACUUGGUCUUUUCUCUGGGUCUUGUUUUUGUUGAUUUUUUUAAAAAAUUGGAACCAAUGCUUUUCCAGCCCAUUGAAUGCUAAGAGGCUCUGGAAGGGAGGGUUCCAAGAUCAGGACUCUCUGGUUCUGGGAUUCCCAAUGUCCAUACAAUCAGACCAAGGAGAAGGACUCUCCAAGACAGUAACAGAUUGGCACAAGACUAUGGGGUGAGAGGAGGAAGAGGCUAGCAAUGGACAGGGCUGGAGGGCCAUCAAGGACAGAGCACCAGCUGGCUCUUGGGCCUCCCAUAGAGGACUGCAGAGCCUACAGGAUGGCCUAUUUCUUCAAAGGCCAGCAGCAUCAGCCUGACUGGAGGAGCCUAGGUUUGGUAAACUAAGUACUGUGGAGGCCCUGACCUUAUUGGGCCCCUGGGUAUAUAAUCUGGGUUCUGCCUCUACCCUUGGGGACAUGAUAUCAGAAAUUUGCCCCAUUUUCUUUACAGUCUCUUUGUGUCUGUCAUUUCUCUUUCAAAACAGCAGUGGUUUUUUUUUUUGUUUUUGUUUUUGUUUUUGUUUUUGUUUUUUCGGUUGUUGUUGGCUUUUUUUUUUUUAAGAAAAGUUCUUAAAACACUAACAGAAACCCAUGGAGUUUGUCCUUUGUAAAAAUUUUAAACACAGUGUCUUGAUAUAAAAAUAAAAAAUCCAGUUAGCACUCCCAACCUGCCUCCCUUGCACAGGCUUGCCCCAACAGCCCCUGGAGCCAGGGGCCUGCUCAGGCUGGAAGCUCAAUGCUCCAGCAGCCUGUGGCCUCCUGCCUUGUAGCACCUACAAGUCUGGGCUCUGCUCUACUUGUCCUGGGCCCUCUGCACAAAGCCUCUCUGAUCCUAAUCACCUUGCUGUACCAUCCUCCUGCCUCCCGGCGCUUUGCGUUCCUGCAGCAGAAACCUCUCAUCGCCUCGGGCCUCCUAAUGAAACAGCAAAAACAAUACUUCUUUCCUCUGCCACCAAGCCACCACCACUGCUGCCACCACCUCCUCCAAUGCCACCACUACUGUGGUCAUCACCUUGCCCUCAUCUUGGACUGGUGGCUAGGAGGAGGCUUGACCUCUGACCUGCUGAAAUGCUUUUCUCCUGUGGAAAUGCAGUACACGUGGCAUCAGCUUGUGGCCUCCUCUGUCUCCAUUGACUUACAGGAGGGCCAUUCUUCCCUCAAGGGAUGUAGGUUUCCUUUUCUGUGAAUUGGAAUAGCAUAAGUCAUUGGAGAUCAAUGUCUUUGGGGGACUGUCAUUGAGUGACUCCCUAACAACUCUGGGGGAUGGAUUCAAGGUGGGGCCCCAUAGGGUUAGCACUGUGGGGUUUCCUACUGUCCUCUGUGACUGAAAGGCUGCAGUUGAAACCAGCUCAUCGAGUGUGACAGUUGGGCAGGGUUGCUGAUACUCAGAAGCCAGGAAUAGAAUUCUUCAAAAUGAAGGCGAUGAGCCAUCACAAGGAAGGAUGAUGUGCGAAGGGGACCAGUGCAAGGUACUGUAUACAAAGAUCAAACCCAGAACUCAUACAUGAAUGUGUUGCCUGAAACCAGAACAGUAAAUGGCUGACCCAACACAGGAACAGUUACCAGAGGGACUGGGAGAGAAAGUGCAUGUUCAGUGAUUUCAGGAUUGAAGAAUAGCUUUGGGCCCUCUCCCCUCUCUUUGUUUUAUCCUCUAUAAAUUCUGAACAACGAUACUAGCAUAUAGUAACAAAAAUGUCAGGGAGGACCUGGGAAGUAAUCACAGAGUGACUGUUAAGAGAGAAGUCACCCCAGUGGCAUAUAGUCCAACCUGCUUACACCUGGAUGAUGGAAGAACAGGAAAGGGAGGACCAAGAGUUCAGGACUAUCCUUGGCUACAUGGUGAGUUUGAGGCAAGCCUGGGCUACCUGAGAAUAUUGAAUAUUUCUCUCUCUCUCUCUCUCUCUCUCUCUCUCUCUCUGUGUGUGUGUGUGUGUGUGUGUGUGUGUGUGUGUGUGUGCUCUCGAGCGCGUUUACCAUAUGUAUCCAGGUGCCCUGGAGGUCAGAAGAGGGUACACAAUGACCUGGAACUGGAGUUGCAAUGUGGGUGCUAGAAACCUAACUCAGGUUCUCUAGAAGAGAAGGUGCUAAUACCCUAAGCCAUCAUUCCAGCCCCAAGACCCCAUCAUGAGAAAACGAAAAUAAGUAACAAAAAAGAAACCUAGAAUUUGACCCAAUCGUUUAUGAUCCUGUCGUUGUCAUGGACUUGCUCUAGUCCCACACUGGUUAGGCAUCCCAAAGCAUCAGCAACUCUAGCUUCAGUGAGCGAGUAGGGAGAGCUGGAGAACAGCGACAUCUCCAGGUCAAAGGCUCUGCUGUUGGGUUGCAUUGUUUGGCUGGUUGGAUUUUGAUUUGUUUGUUUUUUGUUUGUUUGGUUGGUUUUUGUUUGUUUGUUUGGUUUUUUUUUGUUUGUUUCUUUGAGAUAGGGUCUUGCUAGGUAGCCCUGGCUGGCCUGAAACUUGAUGUGUAGACCAAGCCAGCCUGGAAUUCACAGAUAUCUACCUGCUGUUUCUGGAGUGCUGGAAUUAAAGGUGUGCAUUGUCAUGUCCAGCAAAAUAUUUUCUUUUUUAAAAAGAUUUUGUUUUUAUUUUUUUAGAUGUAUUUAUUUUAUUUUAUGUGUAUGAGUGUUUUGCCUGUAUAUAUGUAUGUAAGCACCAUGAGUAUGUCUGAUGCCCGUGGAGGCCAGAAAAAGGAGCUGGAUCCCCUGGAACUGGAGUUAUGGAGAAUUGUAAGCUACCGUGUGGGUGCUGAAAACCGAACCCAGGUUCUCUGCAAGAGUAACAAGUGCUCUUAAGUAUUAAAUCAGCUUUCCAGCCCAGAUUUUAUUUUCUGUAUAUGUCUGUGUACAUCAGAUCCCCUGGAGCAGUAGUUACAGGCAGCUAUCAACCAUGGGUCAUGUGUGCUAGGACCUGAACUCAAGUCCUCUGCGAGAGUAAUACGUGCUCUUAAGCACUGAGCUAUCUCUCCAGCCCCCAGGUUGCUUUUUAUGUUUGUUUUGUUUUGUUUAUUUGAGACAGGGUCUCUCUAUGUAGUCCUGGCUGUCCUGGAACUUGCUAUGUAGACCAAGCUGGUCUUGAACAUAUAGAGAUCUGCCUGAGUGCUGGGAUUAAAGGUGUGUACCAUCAUGCCUGGUCCUGGGUUGCUUUUCUUUUUAAAUAUAGACAGAAGCUGAUUAGGAACGUCCAAUGGUUGCCAAAUAUCUACUAUGUAACAAGUGUGCUAUGCCCAUCUUCAAAAUGUGACUUCUGAAUAAAGACCAAGCUGUGUUCUUUCAUGGCCUGUGUGCUGCAAUCCUUCUGAGGAUGACAAAGUGGAAACAAGACUAGGAGAAAGCCAAGAAGUGACAUAGGUGUGGUCAGGAGGUGCUCUGGCUACCCUGAAAACUCUCAACAGUAGCUGCCAAAUGAAAUGACUGUGCUAUGGCCUUCACCCUCUGAGGGCCUGGAUGACGCUACUGCUUAGGUCCAUUUUGUCUGUAUUUUUGUGUUUAACUUUUAGUUGCAACUUUAAGAUAUUUCCAAUGAGGCCUCUCAUAAUAAAGAGACUCUAAAUUAGGA